GCUCGGACUGCUGGAGAUAUCUGCGAGGAGGAGGAGCAGUCAAAGUUUGACUUUCCCAGACGAGGAAAAAGUCUUAUACUGAACGACAAAAAAAAAAAACCUGAAGACUUUCGAAGUUUUCCUGAAGCGGAAUAUCGCGUGGUUGUUGGCAUGGAAUGACACCUUCUCACCAGGAGCUUCAAAACCACGAUGGCAACCCGUUUUCUGAAGUGGAUCAGUCUCACCUCUCUGCUCUGCCUGGGCUCCUGCGUGCUGGCGGAAAGGAAAGUAUGCCAAGGCAUCACCAACCGCUUAAACCUUCUGGGGUCCAAAGAAGACCACUACCUGAACAUGGUGAAGACCUACAGCAACUGCACUGUGGUCCUGGAGAACCUGGAAGUCACUUACAUGGACGAACACCGUGACCUGUCCUUCCUCAGGUCAAUUGAAGAAGUGGGCGGCUACGUCCUGAUCGCCCUCAACACAGCUCCCAGGAUUCCUCUGGAGAACCUGCGCAUCAUUCGAGGUCAUUCCCUCUAUGAGGGAGCGUUUGCCCUUUCUGUUCUCGCCAAUUAUGACAAACCUGCAGGUCAGGGCACCCAAGAGCUUCUUCUGACCAGCCUGACAGAAAUUCUUAAAGGAGGUGUAAAGUUUCAGACCAACCAGCUGUGCAACGUGGAUACAAUACAGUGGUAUGACAUUGUCAACGCUGACAACCAUCCCAGCAUGGAGCUCCCAGUGGCUAGCAAAAAUCCACUUUGUAACACAUGUGACUCAAGCUGCUUCAAUGGUUCAUGCUGGGCUCCUGGGCCUGAAAAUUGCCAGACUUUAACAAAGCUGAACUGUGCACAGCAGUGCUCGAAGAGAUGCAAAGGACCGUCACCAAGCGACUGUUGUAAUGAGCACUGUGCUGCGGGCUGCACAGGACCGCGGCCCACCGACUGUCUGGCCUGCCGGGACUUCCAGGAUGACGGGGUGUGUAAGGACUCCUGCCCGGGCCUCAUGCGUUACGACCCCAACCUGCACCAGCUGGUACCUAACCCACAUGGAAAGUACAACUUCGGGGCCACCUGUGUCAAGAGCUGCCCACAUAACUAUGUUGUGACUGAUCAUGGAGCCUGUGUGCGGACAUGCAGUGGUAACACAUAUGAGGUGGACGAGGGAGGAAUCAGGAAGUGUGCAAAGUGUGAUGGACUGUGUCCAAAAGUGUGUAAUGGUCUUGGAACGGGAGACCUGACUCACACCCUGUCUAUCAAUGCCACCAACAUUGACUCCUUUAAAAACUGCACCAAAAUCAAUGGGAACAUUGCUAUCAUCCACACCUCAAUUCAUGGGGAUACAUAUACCAAAACACCAAAGAUGGAUCCUGCCCAGCUUGAUGUGUUUAAGACAGUUAAAGAAAUUACUGGGUACUUGUGGAUUCAAACAUGGCCAACGAGCAUGAACUCACUCAGUCCUUUUGAGAAUCUGGAGAUCAUUCGAGGACGAACUAAACGUGGAAGCCGCAGUGUGGUUAUGACUCAGCUCGAUAUCAGCUACCUGGGCCUUCGCUCGCUCAAAGAAAUCAGUGAUGGCGACGUGGUCAUCGUGAAGAACCGCAACCUGUGCUACACCAAUAAAAGCCACUGGGAGGGGCUCUUCAAAUCGGAAAGCCAAAGUGCCACUGUGGAGGAAAAUGCUCAUGCUACCACAUGUGCUCUGAGUAACAACACGUGUGACAGGAAGUGUACCAUAGGCGGCUGCUGGGGUCCUGGCCCAGACAUGUGUUUCGCCUGCCGUGACUACAGCCGUGAUGGGAGCUGUGUUGACUCCUGCAACAUCCUUGAGGGAGAGCCACGGGAGGCAGUUGUGAAUAAAACCUGCAUGGAGUGUCACCCCGAGUGUCAGCGCAUGAAUGGGACUGCAACCUGCAGUGCGCCUGGUUCUGGAAACUGUACUAAGUGUGGCAGCUUCAAGGAUGGACUGUUCUGUGUGUCUCGCUGUCCCCAAGGUGUGCCAGGAGAGGACGACGCGCUAGUGUGGAAAUACGCAGAUGAGAUGAAAGUGUGCCAGCUAUGCCACAAGAACUGCACUCAAGGGUGCAUUGGUCCUGGUCUUGAAGGCUGCCAGAUUAAAAGCUCUUCUGGUCUUUCCAUGAUUGCAGCUGGUGUAGUUGGUGGGCUGCUGGCUGUUCUUAUUGCAGGCCUGUCUGUCUUCGUGUUGCUACGCCGACGCCACAUUAAGAGGAAGAGGACAAUGCGCAGACUGCUCCAAGAGAGAGAGUUGGUCGAACCUCUGACUCCAAGUGGAGAGGCACCGAACCAGGCUCUGCUGCGGAUCCUGAAAGAGCCAGAGUUUAAGAAAAUCAAAGUGCUGGGAUCAGGGGCUUUUGGUACAGUUUAUAAGGGCCUGUGGGUUCCAGAGGGAGAGGACGUGAAGAUCCCAGUGGCCAUAAAGGUUUUGAGAGAGGCCACAUCACCAAAAGCAAACAAAGAGAUCUUGGACGAGGCUUAUGUGAUGGCCAGUGUGGAACACCCCCAUGUGUGUCGUCUGCUCGGCAUCUGCCUGACCUCCACGGUGCAGCUCGUCACCCAGCUGAUGCCCUACGGCUGCCUGCUGGACUAUGUCAAAGAGAACAAGGACAAUAUAGGCUCCCAGCACCUGCUCAACUGGUGUGUUCAGAUAGCCAAGGGUAUGAGCUACCUGGAGGAGCGCCACUUGGUACACCGUGACUUGGCAGCCAGAAACGUUCUGGUGAAGACUCCGCAACAUGUCAAGAUCACUGACUUUGGUCUGGCCAAGCUCCUCAACGCAGAUGAGAAAGAGUACCACGCUGAUGGCGGAAAGGUACCGAUAAAGUGGAUGGCUCUUGAAUCUAUCCUGAACAGGACGUACACACAUCAGAGUGAUGUGUGGAGUUAUGGUGUAACGGUUUGGGAGCUGAUGACAUUUGGGACCAAACCGUACGAUGGGAUUCCUGCCAGUGAAAUAGCUGGGGUCCUGGAGAAAGGGGAGCGACUGCCUCAGCCUCCAAUCUGUACCAUAGAUGUCUACAUGAUCAUGGUGAAAUGUUGGAUGAUUGAUGCAGAUAGCCGACCUCGUUUCCGGGAACUUAUAGCUGAGUUUACAAAGAUGGCACGUGAUCCUUCCCGUUACCUUGUCAUUCAGGGUGAUGACUGCAUGCACCUGCCGAGUCCUACAGACACUAAAUUCUACCGCAGCCUGAUCAGUGGGGAGGACAUGGAGGAUGCUGUGGAUGCAGACGAGUAUCUGGUGCCACAGCACGGCUUCUUCAGCAGUCCAAGCACCUCCCACACGCCACUGCUCCACUCCAUGAGCCUCAACAGCAGCAUUGGAACAUGCCACAGUAGAAAUGGCUUACUGAAUGGUUUCCCGAGCAGAGACGGAAGCUUGGUUCUCCGGUACAUUCCUGACCCCACAGACAAACUUUUAGACAAUGCUUUCCAGCCAGCUCCAGACUAUAUGAACCAGAACGGAGUCUCAGAUGUGAUGAAUCCCAUCUACCAGCACCCCGGUCCACCUCGCACCCUCCUCCCCACCAUCUCCUCAGACAACACAGAGUCAGAGUACCUGAACUGCUUUAAGAACGGGACCGACGGGCCCGAGUACCUCAACGAUGUCCCAUCCCCCGCCAUCCUCCCGCUCACCUCCAAUGGCACGGUCCACAGCAUUCAGAAAUACCAGCCUCAGAACAGCAUAGACAACCCCGAUUACCAACAGGAUUUCACUCCCACCUUCAAGACCCAUGCCAACGGACACAUUCCGGCAGCGGAGAACGCAGAGUACUUGGGCCCAGAUUGAGGACUUAAUGGAUACAGACAAGAAAUAAGAGACAAUUUCCUGUUCCAUUAAGAAAGAGCAUUGAUGUCUGGGCUGGAAAAGCAUACCUAAGUGGUACCAUCAAUUAUCAUAUAUGUUAUAUCGUAUCUUAUGAGGUCAGGUGACACUUUGUGCAGCUUUCGGUGUUGUUUGCAUGCUGUCAUACUUGUCAUAUAAAACCUGUCUCAUUCCAAAGAGUUUUUAUCUUACAACCAAACAACAAGUGACUUUUUCUUGAUGACAGCGGGACGAAAGCUGAUUCAUACAUGACUCAGUUGACCUGAGAGUUUCUGGACAAGACCCGUGGCGUCCUAAUGUUGUAACCCCUGUGAGAAAGUGAAAAUCUCUUCUGGAAAUCCCAGAAGUGAAAAUCUCUCUAAAUGCUCUGCACUAAAUGCUACAUAUGAUCCAGAUGUGUCAGUUGAGGAAUGCUAUUGAAAGGAUGUAAGCACCUCCAUUUUUUGGGAGGCAGAAGCUCUUGCAAAGAAAACAGAAACUGGCAGCUCAACCCAAAACACGACUUAAGGUACAUGUGUUGUAGAAUCACAAGCUAAGAGACACGUUUAGCAAAAAGUAUUGAUAAGUUUGAAUGGAAAGGGUUGACAUCACACAGUGGUGUACUGACUUGAUGCUGAUGUGACGCCACAGAACCUUUAUCUCUGAUGAAGUCAAGAAGAUGAUUAAAUGGAGUAACAUGCUGGCCUUGACUGUUGGGGUCCUCAGAGGCCUGACGACACUCUUCCUGAAGAAGGAGUCAAUGAGGAAACAAGAUGUUGCAAUGUAUAGAAUGUAUAGUCAGUUUAAAGGGGAAUACUGGUGAAUUGUAUCAUUUAAAUAUGUUACCUUUAUGCUCUAAGACAGUUCUGUGUGUGUUAUCUCUCUUCUAGAUUGAGUUCCCUGAUGUGUGAUACCACACCAACUAUGUGGAGAAUGUGAUGGUAAACAUGGCACAUAUGAUUGUGGUCUGCUUUUUGUAGCUGAAAACCUGCAGCACUCCUGAAUGAAACAUAUUUGUGUGAACCCACAAAGUAAGCUAAACUCUGUACUUUGUAUCAGUAUGGCAUGUUAGUCUGCUUACACAGGAAGCUCUUUUCUGGCUCUGUUACUGAUUACUUCCCAACAAUAAUAUAUUUUUAACACUCUUGACUGCACUAAGAGCUUAUCAAGGUUUUACUGCAAACAGCACAAAAAGCUAUAAGAAAAACAGCAGCUCCAGUCGUAUUCCCAUAGAGUUUUUUUUUUUGUGUUUUCACUUGUUUGAAAUGCUGACUUAACUGUCUUAGGUCAUGUGAGUAACUUGUUUGAAUUUUUAAAUAAAAGAAGUAUUUCCUUAUAAACAUUAUGUAUUUUAGAGACUAUUUGAAUGGCUCUGGGUCACGUCAGAUACUAACAAUGUUUCUGAUGUUUGUGGUCUAGUAUGUCUAUAUUAUUACCAGGAGACUUUGCCUUGUCUUGUUUUUUUGUUUUUUUCAAAAGUGUAGACUGUUGUUCCACACACGGUGUUGACACCAUAUCUAUGAAUCUGCUCCUAGCUUUAAAGUCUUGUAGUCUUGCAAGAGCAUUAACUUUGCAAAUAUUAUUCCUAGUUUUAAAGGAAUAUUCUAUUGUAGCAACCUGUAAGCCUACUUUUGCAGAUUUUACACAGGUACAUGUACAGAAAACCAUGAUUAUGUUGUAAUAUACCCCAAAACAGUCACAUAUAAUUUAUACUAUAAUAUCAGUACAAAAUUUUGUCACAUCAUACGUGAAUAUAGUUAUUCCUGAAUUGUGAUUUAUUUCGUUCAAAAGUGAACAUGAAUAAAUCUUUUUUUUUCUAUGGAAA